UUAUUAGCAGUCUGGAUGAAAGUUCUCCUCCUUUUAGUUGACAAAUUAAUAACUAACAAGGGUUGAUAGAGAUUCCGAAAAUUUUAUGCAGAAAGUCCUAGAGACUAGGCCUAUAUCAUCCUGUAAACCUACAGUUCAGAUGAGCAAAGCCUCCUUUGCACACCUGGCACAAAUUCAGACCACUUUUAAUAACAUAUUUCCUUCUGUAUACGACUUUAGACCUCCACCAAAAUAUCAAAUUCAGACUCGUUCAGAAUGUUGGUUGCUGAUAAAUCUAGGAAAUAGGACCUAGAGUGCUCUGAUAAAGUGACUUCCGAAGAGUUUGGUUGUCUCUGCUCUUAUCUAUAGCCAGAGUUGUGCUCCCCAUAUCCUUCAUGACUUAUAAGAUUGCAAAGAAGUAAUAAAGCUCCCGCUUCAAAAUAUACAUAAAGGUUUUUACAACAAGGUUUUAUAGCCAGGAUGCCCAAUUU